AUGCACACGUUGCUGGUUCUGAUCGCGGCGGCGCUGGCGUGCGCCGUAGCCCGCCCACCUGUACCUACGGACACGCCUCAGGUGGCACCUCUGGGGCCGCAACGCCAGCGCGUUCCCAUGCCGCCUCAGUCCGAGUUCCUCUCCGCGUAUGCCUUGCCUCGCUACCUCAUGCCUCACGACAUCGGAUACGACGACUCCCCUCGCAUACCCCGCCCACCUAAUAAUUUGCUAGACCAAGUGUGCCAAUCUUUAGAAGGAGUUUGUGUGAGGGAAACUUGGGAUAUGGGAUGUGAUAGGGAGUUUAAAUAUAUAAAAAAAAUAUUU